GCGUGCGCAAAGCUUUGGAAACAUGCAGCCAGACAGCAGUGAGCACAGUGCGGGACAGACUGGCUUCCACCUAAACGCGCCGUGAGCAGGAGAAGAUCUCAAACCUCUGCAGCAGAGAGGCGCCCGCACUCAUUCCGAACAAUGAUGUGAACAUCAUCCAGUCAUUACGCAGUGCUGUGCGUCUCCACGCAGUCCACAGUGUUCGCAGACAUCCCCCUGCUCUGAGAUGCGGCAAUGUCCCGAGGGACUAUCCCCACGUGUGAGCUCCCGCGUACUCCUUUUCGGAUCUUGUCAGCGCUCAUAUUUGCGGCGAACGUGAUCGAUGCGCACGCAUACAGCUGUCAUGAAGUCAGGGCCGCUUUUCAGCUGCGGCAGGUCGGCCCGCUGCACCGAGUCCCGGAGACACCUGACACAGAUGUGGAUCUGUUGAUUUGUAAGCACCAGGGGCCAUCCUGCUGCACCCGGAAGAUGGAGGAGAGCUACCAGCUUGCUGUGAAACGAGAAACUCUUUACAACAUUCAGUCAUACAGCUAUGAGCUUGAGCAUGUCAUCUCAGGACACUCUGAUGCCUUCCAGGAUAUGUUCCAGUACCUUCUGUCCUUCUCUCAGGGCCACCUGAGCUCCCUCUUGGAAGGAACCUACUCAUCCCUAUCUCGUCAUGCUCUCCCCCAUGUGAAUCAACUCUUCUCCUCUCUCUCGCUCUACCUCCGUGGAGCCAACAUCUCUGUGGAGGCAUCAGUUCACCAUUAUUUCAACAACCUUUUCCCACUUGUCUACACACGGCUCAUCAAUCCAGGUAUUGAAGGAAAUGUAGCAGAGGGCAGUGAGCUGGGGGACUGCCUCCGUAUGAUAAGACAGGAUGUCAACCCCUUUGGGACCCAUCCCGCCAUCAUGGCCCAGGAGCUGGCUGGAGCAUUGGGUGCUGGUCGACAACUGGCCAUUGCCUUGGAGGAAGGUCUGGAGUUGCUGAACAUUACCCAAAAUGUUAGCUUCACCAAAGAGUGUGUGAAGGGCCUGGUGAAGAUGGUGUACUGUCCCCACUGCAGAGGCUUGACGCUGAUCAAGCCAUGUGUGGGUUAUUGCCUCAAUGUGAUGCGAGGUUGUUUGGCCAGUGUUACAGAUCUGGAUCAGCCUUGGAAGAAGUACAUCACCUUGUUGGAGCAACUUACCUACGCAAUGGCUGGGCAACACAGCCUGGAAUUAGCCUUGUUGGGGGUCAGGGGGCACGUCAGUGAGGCCCUGCUCUAUGCACAGCUCCAUGGCCCACUAAUCACUGCUACAGUGGACAAAGUGUGUGGCCCGUCUACUGAGGAAUCCAUUGGAAUCCAGCCUACAAGCCCUGAGGUCAUGACCUCAACUGUGACAUCAUCUACCCCGCUUUCAUCUGCCUCCCCCUCACAUGCCCUUCCAGAUCAGUUGCUAGGGCAGCUAGCCCAUUUGAGAAGCUUGUUCCCCCUGAAACCCUCUACGAACAAUAAACGUAAUCUGAGAACCCUGUCUAGGGAGUUCCUGACAUACCUGCAACGCUACAAAUCAUUUUUUGCAGCUUUGCCUGAGAUGUUGUGCGAAGGGGAGAAUGUCGUUGACGAUUCCACUUGCUGGGGCGGAAACGAUGUGGUGGAGAGCUACACAGCCAGAGUGGUUGGAAAUAGUCUGUAUGCUCAGAGGCAAAAUCCAGAGGUCAAAGUUCGCAGCCCUGACACAACCCUGACUGAGGCUAAAGAAAGGUUGGAGCAGUUCACCCAGGAGAUACAGGAGAGGUUUCCUAGGCUAAGCCAGCUAGAAGCCUGGGUGGAGCUCGGCAGUGGUGAUACACAGGAGGGCAGUGCCACAGACUGUGAUGAUGAAGAUGGAUGUCAGUCCUCAGGAGAUGACCAAGACCAUAACCAGCACACGGAGGCCUCCAGUGACAGAAACCCAACAGCCAGACAGCCAGGAGAUGACAGCCCACGGGAAAUCCCUCAGAAACCCCCGGUAGUCAGAGUGAGAGGAGGCUCGCCACCUGCAAACUUGGCACAACUUUGGAGUCUAGCACUGCUCCUUGCUGCAAUUUACUUGCAAUGGACACUGGUCUGACACCAGAACGUGAUAUUCAUGCACCCCUUCCCCCUUCACAGAAGCUCACGUUUGCACACAGACACUAACACUCAUUAUCCACCCAUCAGACGCAGUGUCCUAAAUCGUGUCCUCAACGUCCGCAGAUGGUCGCCAGCAAUGGAGAAAAUGAGAACGGAAAACUGAAUAAAGCAUGACGAGACGUGGACAGUUUGGAAGGAGAGUGCAGACAGUGGGCUGUUAUUUUUGCAGGAACUUUAUGGUCUGCAUCAUCAUCAGUUGUGCACACGUGUGCACAAUCAGAUCCCAUGCACGCUCAACUACACACAGUGGACCUGCUGCUUCUUUUGGACUGCUUGAGCAGAAAUGGCAGGUCUUGCAUGUGUGUAUAAAGGCACUAAUAAUACAUCCCUACUGCUUGCUGCUGCACACAAACACACUGUCUGAGCUGCAGGAUGGGAUGGCUUCGCCGGAUUUUCCUUAAAAAUACUCAAACACACUCAUAUCUUGUUUUACAUUUACGGACAACCUGCUGCUUAAUUUUUAUCAUCUUUUCAGCCUAAACCUCAGACAUGACAUCAUCUGCUGAAGGAACAGCAUAGUUGAGAUAAUUUAAAACUUCAACUUUUUUUUUUUUUUUUGCAGGAUUAAGGAAUGCAUGGCAAACUGAUAGAACAAUCCUUAGUGGCUGGGCAAGAGCAGCAGAUUUGAUGGAGUCUAAAGACUGUGCACUUUGGCAGGGAUUACAAUGUAGUGAUUUCACAGAAUUGAGCAUUUGCACAGCGGAACACAUCAUGCAAGCAAAGUAGGUUUGUAUAGUGUAUAACUGUAUAUAGGAGUAAUGGUUUGAAGGAGUAGAUGAGAUGAUCCGAUAUCUGCUCCAACAACUGAUUGAGAUGAAAGGAUUCUUUAUAUGGCAUCUUAGUUAUAAGUAGACUUUCUGCUUUCAUCAUACAACAUAAAAAAUGCAAAGUAUAUUAUAGAAAUGUAAUUUCUGUGUUCAUCAAGUCAGGAAUGUGUAUCAUUUUUUGCAGAUCUAAUCAAUGACAAACAUGGACAAAUUUUUGUUCAGCAUAUAAACAUUGUUUAUUUUACUAAUUUUAUUGUGCAUCCAGUUUUGUGUGUUUGCUCGUUGAAUUGCACAUGAAUGCAUGUAUAAUCUAG